CGCACGUUUUCUCGACGAGAAAGAAAGGCGUCGCGUUGUGUUUUCCUUCUUCUUUAAUACAUUUAUCCUGCAUUCAGUCGACAUAUCGCCUCUGUAUUGAGUUAAUGAUCUACGUUAGGGAAAGAUGCUUUGAAAGUCAGUAUAUCCAGAUAAAUACGGUGCUGGUCGGGAUGCGGGAUGUGAUUCUUGACUCUAUGUAGAGUCCAGCGGCAUCUACAGCACACGGAAUUCAGCUAAAAGAUGUCUUUCUGGUCGGAAGGUUAGUCUGUGGAUAUUAUGUCGUCAUGGAUCGUGUUUAACGAGUGGAAAUUAAACUUUCCGGAGAAAUCCAAGGAUAAACUUGACUACAAGAUCGAAGGAUGAUCGUGAUUCGACGCCCGACAUCAAAGGUAUGUCAUUGCCCUUCUGCAGUAGACGGGAAGUUCGUGAGACUUGAUUGACAGGCCUCGCCACAUCAGGAACCUAUGGCAGAGCAGCAGCACAAUACAGGUCCCUUUGUAUGAAGCUACCAUGGACCACAUCCUCUGUCAGCUGCUGGUCCUGGGUAUGUCUUUAAUGAUGACCCAUGCGUGUCCCAAGUAUUGUGUGUGCCAGAACUUGUCUGAGUCGCUGGGGACCCUGUGCCCAGCUAAAGGCCUGCUCUUCGUGCCACCAGAUAUAGAUCGCAGCACAGUGGAGCUCAGACUAGGGGGAAACUACAUCCUUCGAAUUACACAGCAGGACUUUGCCAACAUGACGGAUCUGGUGGACCUUACGCUCUCACGAAACACCGUAAGCUACAUCCAGCCCUUCUCAUUCAGUGACUUGGAGACCCUCCGUUCUCUCCAUAUGGACAACAACCGUCUAAUGGAGUUAGGCCCAGAUGACCUGCGAGGGCUGGUCAGCCUGCAGCACCUCAUCCUCAAUAACAACCAACUAGGUCGCAUCUCCGAGUGGGCAUUUGAAGAUCUUGCUGCAUCACUUGAAGAUCUGGACUUGUCCUACAACAAUAUUCAAGCGCUGCCUUGGCAUUCAGUACGACAAAUGAUUAACUUGCAUCAACUAAGCCUGGACCACAAUUUGUUGGACUACAUUCCUGAGGGGACCUUCGUGGAUUUGGAGAGGCUGGCUCGCUUGGACCUCACCUCUAACCGUCUCCAGAAACUUCCACCGGAUCCAAUCUUUGCCAGAGCACAAGAUUCCGAGGUGAUGACCACACCGUUCGCCCCUCAGCUUUCACUAAGCAUUGGAGGGAACCCACUGCACUGCAACUGUGAAUUGCUUUGGUUUCGCCGCCUGGAGCGAGACGAUGACCUGGAAACAUGUGCCUCCCCACCUGGCCUGAAAGGGCGCUACUUCUGGAGUAUUCGGGAGGACGAGUUUUUGUGUGAGCAGCCGUUGAUUACUCAACACACCCACAGGAUGCUGGUUCUGGAGGGGCAGACUGCAAGUCUACGGUGUGAAGCCAUCGGAGAUCCCAUUCCAACCAUACAUUGGGUCGCCCCUGACGAUCGGUUACUGGGCAACUCUUCCCGCACUGUAGUGUACCGCAAUGGUACACUGGAGAUCCUGAUCACCACAUCGAAGGACUACGGCACCUUUACUUGCAUUGCAGCCAACCUGGCUGGUGAAUCGACUGCUUCUGUGGAAUUGUCAGUUAUUCAACUACCCCACAUAAGCAAUGGUACAGGCCAGGCAACACAACCCAAGUCCCGCCUGUCUGACAUUACGGGCACUACCAGGACCAGUAAAGCCACUCCCAAGAGCCAGCCAGAGAAAGCGGUGUCCGUUUCAGAGGUGACCGCUAUGUCUGCCCUGGUCAGAUGGUUUAUCAGCAAGACAGCUCCCAAAGUGAAAAUGUACCAGCUGCAGUACAACUGCUCAGAUGAUGAGGUCCUCAUCUACAGAAUGAUUCCUGCCUCCAGUAAGACCUUCCUUGUCACCAACCUGGUGUCUGGGACCCGCUAUGACCUGUGUGUGCUGGCGGCCUGGGACGAUACAGCCACCACUCUUACUGCCACUAACGUGGUGGGCUGCGUGGACUUCUACACCCGGGAUGACUACCCCCAAUGCCAGUAUGUCCAUGGGCAGAUGUUGGGAGGGACCAUGAUCCUGGUGGUGGGUGGCAUAAUUGUGGCCACCCUUCUUGUGUUUAUCGUGAUCCUUAUGGUGCGCUACAAGGCAAGGGACAGCGGAGGGGGUGGUGAGCCCCCCAUCAGCAAGACCAGCAAUGCCAGCGAAGCAUACUCGCAAACCAACGGAGGGAGGCUGGGCCGGAACAGGGUGCCUCUUCCCAUGCCCAAGCCCAAGGUGACCAUAAGGGACGAAGUCGUUGAUUUUAAGUGCGGUUCACUUCAGAGCAGCUUGUCCUCCUCCUCAUCCUCAGGUUCAGUAGAUGCCACUUCGUAUAGCCCCAACAGUGCCCUCGCCAACAUCUGGAUGUCUGCGCCUCCCAAGCCCCGUGCCAACAUAGACCAGCUUCUAGGGGCCUUUAAUUCUCUGGAGCUUCGGGGUCAGGCCAAGGAGCCAGGUGCUUCCGGAAGCUCAGUUCCAGGGGCUGCUUCUGCUCCGGCACCCCCUACUGACAAGGAGCCUCUGUUGGGUCGGACGCAGGACUCUCGGCUCAGCAGGUUGCUCAUGUUGCCACUGGACUCCAAACCCAAGAGGAGCCACUCAUUCGACAUGGGUGAUUUUACUGUAUCCACAGCGCAGCAGCUGUGCUCUUAUCCUCGCAGGAUCAGCAGUAUCUGGACUAAACGCAGUCUGUCUGUGAAUGGCAUGCUGCUGCAGUGCGAUGAGGAAGGGGAAUCCGGUGGGAGCAAAGGCACCAUAGACAGCUCUGAAUGGGUUAUGGAGAGUACUGUAUAGGGACCAAAACCAUCCUAGAUUCCAUAGAUUCCAUCCUGCAUGACUCCUUAUGAGGUCUGUGGACUCUCAUGUUAUUUACAGAAAUAGUUCACCCCAAAAUGAAAAUUCUUCUCAUUUACUCACCUUUUUGUCUUUCAAAACCUGUUUGCUGUUAUUUUUUCUGUGGAAUACAUAGGAAUCAAUUUUUUAUGAAUCUUUACACCACCCUUACCAUACGAUCAAAAGAACAAAAUUCCUACAAUUUCGUGCCAUUAAAUUCCCCAGAACAACUUGUGCUAUGUAUAAUAUUUAAUGACAAUUUGAAUAGGCUUGAUAAGAAAAACAAAGACUAUUUCAAAUGUUACAAACAAUUGUAGGAUGGUCACUAUGAACUGUUGAUGUAUGGAAGGAAAAAUGUAUAUAAUAUGGGUUUUGGAACAAUAUGAUGGUGGGAAAGUAAUGACAGUUUCCAUUUUGGGUGAACUAUUCCUUUACAAUUGUUUGUUUUAUGUCUUGCCAUAUCCAGAAUCGUCAGUUCUGGCUAAUUGUUGUGAGAUGUGUGUUUGUGUGUGUGUCUUGUUUGUGUGUCUGAAACAAAAUUGGACCAGAUUAAUGAAAGAAGUUUUAUGGGAUAAAUUAUUGGAGCUGCUGCAGUUGUUCAAGGCUGUUCUGAGGACUGAAGAACAUAAACAGUGGAAAUUAUGGCACAUUGCCAUGCCAACGGUUUCCCUAAAGAACAACAUGAAAAAACUCUGUAAAUAUCUCUCGUGCAGCACUGUUUAUAUGUGCACUGUUUUAUAUUUUUUAUCUUGUUGGUCAAGCACUCUUAAUGUUCCACUUCUCCUUGAUGAAAGACAGAAUUCGCAGAACUUUCAAUCCUUUUUUCUCUCAUUUACUUCCCUGCUGCUCUCAUUAACUCGUUUUCUCACACCUCCUUGAGAAAU